UGCAAUGGUGAAAUGUCGUGUCAGCAGUAGGUAAUGUGUGCUUAACGGACCCCCUGUAGGUCACCCAAAGAACGGGACGCCAUGAAAUGUCACACAAGAGAUUCAUGGACGUGGGUGUAUAUAAAGCUUGGAACAUGAUCAGUGAUGUGAACAUUUUGCAACCAGGGUGAAGUUGGUGCCAGUUUGUUCAGCCUGAGGGUCGUGCAGCUGCUGACCUUGGGGCAUAUCGUGCAAGUAAGGCAGAGUGGUUCAGUAGAUUGAGAUCGACACUUGGACGAUACAUGCCGGGCAAUCGAGGGGCUUGCAGGACUUAGGACUGAGAGCUAGUUUGAUUUCUAGGAGUACCUACACGAUCUGUUCAAGCAUCACUGUUUUGUCACAAUGGCCUCCAACUUUGUCUGUUUUUUGCUCUUGGCUUUCGUCUGCGUCACCACGGUACAAACCAAGGAAAACACAAGUUCCUGUGAGCCAAUCAGUGUAAACACCUGCAGAGGGUCAGGGGUCAUCCACCGACAAACCAGUGUGCCAAUCAUAAGACCCAGUGGCCCUGAAUUAGACGCAGGCUUCAGUACCUUCCAGAGCCAAAAGAAAUCAUUGGAAGGAAGAAGACAGAUAAUCUCCCAUCUGAAGGGACGUAAACACAAGCAAUGCAAGGCUUACAUGAAACCUUUUGCAUGUGCUGCAUACCUACCAUCAUGUAAACGACCAGGAGAUUCUAUCCCACCUUGUAGAGAUCUGUGUCUGAAAACCAAGUCAAAAUGCCAAGUCAGCAUGGAUGACUUAGGCUUUGAUUGGCCAAUAGAGUUAGAAUGUGAUGUGUUUCCUUCUUCGGCAGAAAAUCCUCACUGCAUUUCAGCAUUGAAUUUCGGGGAUGUGGCUGUGACAACAUCUGACAUUUCUGUUGGUGUCAACAUGAGAGUUCCAUGUAGUUAUGAUCUUUCACCUAAGAUGCGGCCUGGGUGGAUGAUUGGAGACACUGUCAUUGAAGAGCUCAGUGGCCCUGUACGGAUUGACAAGACAAACUCUUACACCACAACUCUGGUCUUGGAGAAUUAUGUGGACUCUGCCAGUCGAGAAAAUUACACCUGCUUUGUUGGGGAAGUGUCCAGGAAAGAAUUUGAGAGACAGCUGUCAUUGGAUGAAAUCUUUGGGCCAGCUCCAACCACAAGGCCACCAGUUGAGGGCGCUGUUCGUCUAAUCAGUGGUUACUCAGUGCCGCAUUCAGGACUUGUCCAGUACUACAAGGAUGGACAGUGGGGAUAUCUCUGUGUCCCUGUUGAAUGGGAUGGAGACAACGCAAAUGUUAUCUGCAGGCAACUUGGCUAUGGUCAAGCACUUUUCUCUGGAACAAAUUUAAAUGACAGGAGAUUUGGAAGGGGUAGUGGCACCAUGCAUGUCUCAGCGUCCAAGUGCAGGGGCCAAGAAGCAUCUCUUGCAGACUGCCCAGAUGAUUCCUUAGAGAAGACAGCAGGCUCUUAUUACUGUAGAGACACUGUAGGGGUGGUGUGUGACACGGGAUCAAGAGAGACUGAUAUCCGUCUGAGUAAUGGAACAUCACCAGAUGAAGGCAUCCUUGAAGUGUUCUACAAUAAUGAAUGGGGAACCAUUAAUAAUGUUGGCUGGGAUAUCUUUGAUGCUCAAGUAGCCUGUCGUCAGCUGGGAUACAAAGGAGUCAAAUCCAUCUCCCGCUCCAUAGCGGAACCCGACUACAACUAUGUUCGAACCAUGUCUGUCAUGUUAAGUGGAGUUGCCUGCGAUGGCACAGAAGCUUCUCUGUUUGAUUGUCUUAAUUUAUACUUUUAUAAUGAUCCAUACGGUUUCUCCUGGGAUCAUGAUUUUGAUGUCAUCUUGGGAUGUUCUAAAGAGGACAUUGAUUUGAAGCUCAGUGUUACCGCUGAAGAAAGUGAAGGUGGAGUGGAUGUCAGAUUGAUAUGCUCAACAGAAGAUGUGAUUACACUGGUGGGUGAAAGAGACACACCUGUAUGGACAUUACCAUCAGGAGAGAUGCUUUUUUUGGCUGAUGCAAGACGUAACAUGCAAGUUGAUGGAAUUGGAGUAAGCAGCAGCAGGCUAACAAUCACAGGUUUCACUGAUCAAGAGAAUGGUGGUCGCUACAAGUGCAGGGUGACUGGUUAUGAAAAAAAUAUCACUCUGACUGAAGCCUCAAUUGUUGUGGAGGGUGCUGUUCGUCUAAUCAGUGGUUAUUCAGUACCGCAUUCAGGACUUGUCCAGUACCACAAGGAUGGACAGUGGGGAUAUCUGUGUCCCCAUUGGAGCUGGGAUAUGAAUGAGGAAAAUGGAAAUGUUCUUUGCAAACAACUGGGCUAUGGUCCGUCACUUGCCAUCGUUUCCCAUGGUCAGAUGUUUGGAACUGGGAAUGGUGUUUUGCACUAUGUACCUUCAGACUGCACAGGUCAAGAGGCAACUCUGGCUGAAUGUCCAAAUGACAGCUCGGCCUCCGGAUGCGGUUUCCAAAAAAGUGUUGGGGUUGUUUGCGACACAGGAUCAAGAGAGACUGAUAUCCGUCUGAGUAACGGAACUUCACCAGAUGAGGGCGUGCUUGAAGUUUACUACAAUAACGAAUGGGGGACCGUUUGUAACAAAGGCUGGGAUGUCAAGGAUGCUGAGGUAGCCUGCCGUCAGCUGGGAUAUAAUGGAAUCAAAUAUCUCCCAUCCAGCAUGCUUGGAUUUCGUUAUUUCUAUGAACGGUUCACAUCUGUCAUGUUCGGUGAUGUUGACUGCGAUGGCACUGAAGCUUCCCUGUUUGAUUGUCCCAAGUCAAACUGGUACAUCACUCAUUUGUCUUGUGCCCAUGAUAAUGAUGUCAUCUUGGGAUGCACUGAAGAAAUCAAUGAUUUGAAGCUGAGAAAUUUCACAGUUGUGGAAACUGUUAGUGGAAUAGAUGUAUCGAUGAUAUGUUCAGCUGAAAAUGUGCCGAGGUAUGCAUAUGAAGUAGAGACACCUGUGUGGACAUUACCUUCAGGUUCCAUUUUAUCUGCUGGUGAAGAAGAAGGUAAUAUAAGAACAAGUUUUAUUGGAUCACGAAGCAACAACUUGUUAGAAAUCACAGGAUUCACUGAUGAACAAGAUGCUGGUAUCUACCUGUGCACAGUGACUGGCUAUCAUAAGAACGUUACACUGACUGAAGCUACCAUUGCUGUCAGUGCAGAGCUUUCAGAAGACCAAAUUCCUCCAAGGCCGUCAAAUCUUCAAGUUGCUCCAUCCCAUAAUUCAGUGACUGUGUCAUGGACAGCUCCCAGUGAUCAGAGCAUUAUGAUUAGAGGAUACAUCUUGGGAUAUGGUGCUAGUUUACCAGAUGGAAUGACAGUACGUUUGUCUGCCUCACAGUUUAAGUACAUCAUAACUGGACUGAUGCCUGAAACUCUCUACGUACUGAAAUUGCGAGCAUUCAAUCGUAUAGGUGAAGGACCUUCUCUUUACAUUGAUGCAAUGACGUCUUCAGUACCAGCAGAGCUUUCUGAAGACCAAAUUCCUCCAGAGCCGUCAAAUCUUCAAGUUGCUCCAUCCCAUAAUUCAGUGACUGUGUCAUGGACAGCUCCCAGUGAUCAGACUGUUAGGAUUAGAGGAUACAUCUUAGGAUAUGGUGCUGGUGUACCAGAUGAAAUGACAGUCCGUUUGUCUGCCUCACAGUUUAAAUACAUCAUUACUGGACUGAUGCCUGAAACUCUCUACGUGCUGAAACUGCGAGCAUUCAAUCAUAUAGGUGAAGGACCUUCUCUUUACAUUGAUGCAAUGACGUCUUCAGUUCCAGUCGUGGAGGGCGCUGUUCGUCUAAUCAGUGGUUACUCAGUGCCGCAUUCAGGACUUGUCCAGUACUACAAGGAUGGACAAUGGGGAUAUCUCUGUGCCCCUUUGAUAUGGGAUGAGGACAAUGCAGAUGUAGUCUGCAAGCAACUUGGUUAUGGUCCUGCACUUUUCAUUGCUUCACUCGGCCAGAUGUUUGGAACUGGGAAUGGCGUUUUGUAUGUCUCAGGGUCAAAGUGCACAGGUCAAGAGGCAACUCUAGCUGAAUGUGCAAUUGACUCCUGGGACAUCAGAGCAGGCUGUAGUCACAAUUCUGAUGUUGGGGUCGUGUGCGACACAGGAUCAAGAGAGACUGAUAUCCGUCUGAGUAACGGAACAUCACCAGGCGAGGGCGUACUUGAAGUUUAUUACAACAACGAAUGGGGGACCGUUUGUAACAAAGGCUGGGAUAUCAAGGAUGCUGAGGUAGCCUGCCGUCAGCUGGGAUACAAUGGAGUCAAAUAUCUCUCCUCCUUCACGCUUGCGUUUGACUAUAAUAAUGACCGGUUCACAUCCGUCAUGUUUGGUGAAGUCGAUUGUAAUGGCACUGAAGCUUCCUUGUUUGAUUGUCCCAAGUCAAACUGGUACAUUGAUGAUUUUUCAUGCAGCCAUUAUAAUGAUGUCAUAUUGGGAUGCACUAAAGAAGACAUUGACUUGAAGCUCAAAGAUUUCACAGUUGUGGAAACCGUUAGCGGAAUAGAUGUCUUUCUGACAUGUUCAACUGAAGAUGUGCUGAUGUAUGUGGGUGAAGCAGAGACACCUGUGUGGACAUUACCGUCAGGUUCCAUGUUGUCUGUUGGUGAUGAAGAAGGAAACAUAAGAUCUAGUCAAAUUGGAGUAAGCAGCAACAUGUUAGAAAUCACAGGAUUCACUGAUGAACGAGAUGCUGGUAUCUACCUGUGCACAGUGACUGGCUAUCAUAAGAACAUUACACUGACUGAAGCUACCAUUGCUGUCAGUGUGGAUCAUCCAUGUGCUCAAGAUCAGUUCAAUUGUGGGGAGAGAUGUGUGCCACAGCGAUUCUUGUGUGACCAAGAGGAAGACUGUGCUGAUGGUCGAGAUGAAUCAGAGGAAAUCUGUUCACAGAUCCUUCCUAAUGAAUGCACAGAAGACAAGGUUCCUUGUGAUUCUGCUACUAAAUGUGUCUCAAUGUCAGCAUUGUGUGAUGGAAUCCCAGACUGUGAUGAUGGACUAGAUGAAGGAAACUGUGACGAUUCAGGACCUCUUCCUCCAUCAGGUUGCCCUAUUGAUCAAAUCGCUUGUCCUUUUAGUGGUGAGUGCAUUGCUACAUCUGCCUUGUGCAAUGGUAACCCUGACUGUAGCGAUGGAAUGGAUGAAGCGACAUGUGGCAAUGGAGGGACAUUUCAGUCGUCUCCAUGUCCAGAGGGCCACACCUCCUGUCCUUUAAGUGAUCAAUGCAUCCCGAUGUCAGCUUUAUGUGAUGGAAACCCUGAUUGUACUAAUGCCACGGAUGAAUUGGGCUGUGAAGGUAUUGUUCCUCCAGAUGAAGCCAGCUGUCCUGCAGACCAGUUUCCAUGUCCAUUACAAGACAAGUGCAUCUCUCUGUCUGAAGUAUGUAAUGGAGUCAGUGACUGCAGUAGUGGUGUUGAUGAGAUGAAUUGCCCUGAUACAACCUCUUGUGUGCCUAUCUCUGUGUCAGAGUGUGCAGUGGGCUUGGAUUACACGGAAACCUUGCUGAACUAUAACAUCGGGCUUUCUACCAGUGACAUAGCAACUCUUUUCAGUAGUCUGUCCAUCAUAUUUGAGAGUGGCUGCGGUACCUUUUUCCGACCUUUCAUGUGUUCAACUUUUGUGCCACCUUGUGGCCAAGCAUUUCAGCCACCAUGUCGUGAACUGUGUCAGCUUGCCAUAAGGAAGUGUUUGGAAACCUUUGAAGGGGAAAUGACAGAAGAACAGCUGAUGCCUCAAGGUGUAGGCAGUGGUGGCUGUGAUGCAUUACCCAGUCAGGAAGAUAGCCAGUGCUAUAAUGUGAAGGAAGUAUCAAUUGGUGAGGUGAUAGGCUCAGGCUCUGAGGCAGGAGAAAGUCGGUAUGUUGACUGUACCUACAACUUACUGCCAAGCCAACAGCCCAAAUGGACAGCUCCUGGUGGAUCCAAAGUCAAAACUGGGGAAAGACGAAAGGUUCAGGCCAUCUACAUAUCUGAGAGGGUAACUCGACUGCAGAUCAAUAAGUUCUCAUCAAGAUACCAAGGCAUGUACACGUGCUCUGGGCAGGAAUAUUCCCAAACUGUGAUGCUGUAGACAUCAGUAAUAACUACCUGUCCUACACAAGACUUGCACGAAAUGAGUACUGACUGUUGAACAAGACAAUCCUGAGCUAAUGUAACAAAGUCAUCCUAGAAGCUGUUUUGAGGUAACAAUUACAUGAAGAAGGAACAGUAAUCAUUAACGUCUGCUCAGAUAUAAUUAAGCAUUUAUACUAUAUUUUAUAUUGUAUACGUAACUUUUCUUCAGACUUAACUUCAGUUUAUAAAUUCGAUGAUUUGUAUACUUUGUUGUUCUUAUUGUUAGACACCAUUGAGUCUUGGAAUCCUUAUCCAGCUGUUCAGCUAUAGAGGUGUUGUGUGGUAGCCAUCUUGUAGAGCAGUUCUUUUGUUCCUCAGGGAAACCUCCUUUGUGCAUACCCUGUGCAACAAAAGCAUUGGCAUGCAAGACUGCAAGCCGAUCUGUACAAGGAUGGUGCAGGGAGAUGUCAUAGGCAAGAUGCAUUCGAAAUACAGGUGGAGAAUGAUUCCAAUCAAACAGUGCAGAAGCAGAAGAUAACUGUGAACUUUUAGUGAGAAUAAAAAAUUUGUUGUGAUGAUCUAGAGGAUUCCUGGACAAACAGAAUUUUGUUGACACAGAUUGUGAACCCCAAAGAUCAAUUUUAAUCAGAUGGUUUGUAAUGUUCAAUUUCUGCAUGCGUUGUACAAGCUUGCCACCUGUAUCAUCCGUAAACUAACUGAGACAGCAUGAAAGCUUCUGGCAUCUUCACGCAGUCCGUCUUUGGGAUUUCUGAAACCACCUAAGAAACACUGAUGUCAGAAUUUCACCUUUAUGUUCCUCAAGAAAUGUAUUGGAAAAGUCACCUGAAGAUGGGUCACAAACGAAAUUCACUCAUGACCUUUCACUUCCGACAAUAUAGUUCUUAGGUCUCCUUGUUCAUACACUUUUGUUUUCUGUUCAUAAGCUUGCAGGAAAACAAGAUAGUUAAAUGUUGCAAAGAUUACCUACCUGCAGUCGCUGGAUUCUAGAUUCACUCGAGUUUACUUGACACCGUUCUUGUCAGGUAAUGGUUAGAUUAGAAUCUUUCAUAAACACAGAUUAUAGGAUAAACUGAUCAUCUGCAAGACCACCACUCUGCACUGGUCUUCAUGUAGUUUAGAUGUUCGGAAGUGAGAGGUCGAAUUUUUUGGCAGGAUAUUUCUCUCUCAGGUCAGGCAAUUUUUUCAGUCCUAUAAAUUAAUGUCCUAACAAAUAUUUUACAACACCAUUUUCAGAGGUGAUUUUUUAAAGGAAAAGAAUGGAAAAAAAAUUAACAUUGUUGCACGCUGUUUUUCCUAUUCAAGGAUUCUGGGAGCGAGCCACAAGGGGGCCAACUUCCUGGCUAUAUAAUCUGUCUUCCACCUGUGAAACUAUGAAUUAGAUUCUCAUUCAAGAAAUAUGAACUUGACUGAACUUACAUGUUAACCAAGCUGUUAACCAAAACCAUUUGUUAGGCACAAUCAGUCCAUUAGCACAAUUGCAUGAUAUUAUUCCACUAUCAGUUCAUCCUCUAUGAAAUCUCUGACACACUGUACUUCCCUUUUUUAAACCAUUCAUCCACAACCAUGAAUUAGAUAACAGAUCAUCUGAAGGUGAAAAUAUCAGCAUAUUGUCGAAAAAGAUCGAUCUGUCUAUCUUGCAGAGCAAGAGAUCUACUUAUCACAGAGAUCUACUGAUCACAACCCAGCACAUUCACUUUAGAGUAAACUAAUGGCCAAAGGGGAAUGAAUAAUAAAUCCAUCUUUGGAUGAGUUGCAACUCAGGACUGAAGUGGUGGUAAAAUUUAUCUCAGGUAGAAUGAAUCUUUGCCUGAAAAACAGAUUUCUCUUUGUGAAAUGUUAAACUGGAUGCCUCUCAUUUCACUUUUUCAUUCUCAGUAAAUGGCAGAAAAGCAGGGAUGUUUGCAUCUGUUCUUUUUAAUUGUAUUGCUUUAUUUUUUAACAUGUACUUGUACAACAGGUACUUCAAUUUUUAAGGAAUUUCUGAAAUGUUGGUGGCUGUUCUUAAUGCUGAGUUUUACAAAUGACUUUACUGCAUGUUAAGUUUAGCUUUGUAUUAAAAAAUUUCUUUUUUUUACUCUUUGACUUACAUUUUACGAUACUGAAUAAACAUGUUUAUGCAUCAAAUUGAA